AUGCUAAGGUUGCUGAACCUACCGGUACAAACGUUUACCCGGGAUGCAGCGCCUGUGGUCGAUGACACAGAUCCGGCUGAUGAUGAUAGGACAAGGGCUGUUGUGUUGGACGUUGACUACGAAGGUGAUGACCUGUUCAUUGGGCAAGUGUUCAAGAGUAGAGAUGACUGCAGGGUGAAAAUAGUUGUACAUGCAACUAACCGGAAGUUCUGUUUCCGCAAUGAGCGCACAACCCCUGACAUGGUUGUUGUACGAUCUAGGAGCCAGUUCCAAAGACAGGCGACGACGUCGGUGAUUUCUGAUAUUAUGAGGGCAAGAUACAGCAGAGGUGGUAGAGGGCCAAGUCAAGGGUCGCUCCGAAGAACUUUGUUGGCCGAACUAAGUGUAAAUGUGUCUUGCUGGAAAGCUUGGCGUUCGAGAGAGUUGGCAAUGGAUAUGGCAAAGGGUUCGGCAGCCGGCAGCUACGGUAUACUCCCCAAGUACCGGCACAUGCUAAAGAAAGAAAAUUCCGGUACGGUGACCGAUUUAAGAACAGAGCUGGCUGGUAAUGGUGAUGCAAGGUUUAAGUUCUGUUUCAUUGCUCUUGGGGCCUGCAUCCGUGGCUGGAGUUUCAUGCGCGAUGUGGUCAUCGUCGACGGUACACACUUAAGAGGGAAAUACGCCGGAUGUCUACUUACAGCAAGUGCCCAAGAUGGGAACUUUCAGAUAUUCCCACUUGGAUUCGCGGUAGUAGACAAUGAAAAUGACAAAGCCUGGGCUUGGUUUUUCAGUUGCCUGAAGAAGUUUAUACCCGAUAAUGAAAACCUAACCUUUGUUUCCGAUCGACACUCCUCCAUAUAUACUGGGCUUGGACGGGUUAAUCCUAAGGCGAAUCAUGGGGCAUGUGUCAUCCACCUCCAGAGGAAUGUUGCUGCUAAGUUCAAGAAGCCAAUUCUGUAUGGUCUAAUCUCCAAAGCGGCUAGAGCUUACAUGAAAUCUAUGUUCCAUGAGUAUUUCUCGGAAAUAGAGAAAGCAUCCCCAGAGUGCGCAGAGUAUCACAUGGCAAUCGGAUUGGAUCACUGGACGAGGUCGCAUUGCCUUGGGGAUCGAUUUAACAUAAUGACUUCAAACGUGGCAGAGUCUCUUAAUGCAGUCUUGAAGGAAGCCCGCGAGUUACCAAUAGUGUCAACCCUAGAGUACAUAAGAGGGACACUCAUGGCCUGGUUCACCAACCGAAGGGAUAAAGCAUCUAAACACGACAAGCCACUAACGCCGAAGGUGGAAGAAAUUGUGCAAGCAAACUACGAACGCUCCACCAGUUAUGAAGCACUGACAAUAAACAAGGGAUAA